GCGGCCGUCUCCUGCAGUGACCGUGUCUUUAGUGAGGGAGAGGACGGAGGAGAUGAUGGAUGGAUCCAGCGCCGGGGCCGAAGCUCCUUCCAUGGAACCCAGUUCCAGGCUGUUCUGCUGCGGCUGGUUGAAGCGCUUCCUCCCUCUGACUUACAGAGAGGAGCUCUACCACAUCCUGUGUAUGACUGGACCCCUGGUUGCAUCUCGCAUCCUGAAUUAUCUGCUUCCAUUUGUCAUAACAAUGUUUUGUGGUCGCCUAGGAAACAGUGAGCUGGCUGGUUAUGGAAUAGCCUCAGCUACCAUCAGCAUUACAACAGCUGCCACGGGUACAGGACUUGCACUGGCUUGUGACACUUUGGUCUCUCAGACGUUUGGGAGUAAGAAUCUGCUGCGUGUGGGGGUGAUCCUGCAGAGGGGCAUUCUAAUCCUCCUGCUGUUCUGCCUACCAUGCUGGGCUCUGCUUAUCAACACCCAGCCCCUCCUCCUCCUGCUGGGACAGGACCCUGAGGUGGCCAGGAUAGCCCAGCUGUAUGUGCUUGUUCACUUGCCUGCUGUACCAGCUAUGUUUCUGCAUCAGCUGCAAGUAGCUUAUCUUCAGAACCAGGGUGUGAUCCUACCACAGAUGUAUGCAGCAGCUGCGGCUAACAUUGCCAAUGUGCUGACGAAUUAUAUCCUGAUCAUCUGGUUGGACCUUGGGUUGUAUGGGUCUGCUGCAGCCAGUGCUCUGUCAGAGGUCUACAUUUGUGUAUUUCUCUAUGCUUACAUUCGCUGGAAGAGGCUGCAUGCUGAAACAUGGGGAGGAUGGUCUUUAGAGUCACUGCAGGACUGGGGGGCUUACAUGAAGUUAGCAGUCCCCAGCACAAUGAUGCUCUGCUUUGAGUGGUGGAUAUACGAACUGGGAGGAUUCUUAGCAGGGAUGCUGAGUGAAUUGGAUCUGGCAGCUCAACAUACAGUCAUAACGCUGGCAGCCUUGAACUACAUGUUCCCUUUAGGCAUUCAGGGUGCAGCUUGUGUGCGGGUAGGUAACGCACUUGGGGCUGGAGACACUGCUGGAGCCGUCCUCACUUGCAAAGUUUCUCUGACAUGCACAGCUAUCCUAGCUGUCCUACAGGGUGCUGUGCUGGUUUCAUUGAAGUCAGUCAUUGGUUACUUAUUUACAGAUGAUAGGCAGAUUGUAGAGCUAGUGUCCAAACUUAUGAGUGUCUAUUGCGUUUUGGAGUUCUUUGAUGGUCUUGUGUGUGUCUGCAUGGGCAUUCUCCUGGGUUCAGGACAGCAGAAGAUAGCAGCUGUGGCUAACCUCUUUGGUUACUACUGCAUUGGACUUCCACUGGGCAUCUCUCUCAUGUUUGCAGCAAAACUAGAAAUUAUUGGUUUUUGGUUUGGUCUUCUCAUCUGUGUUUGCAUACAGUCUACAUUUUUCAUCAUAGUCAUUUUCAAACUUAACUGGGAGAGAUUAACAAAAGAGGCCAUUGAACGUGCUGGAAAACAUAAGAUGUCUGGGAUGAUAUCAGAUUUUGAGAGUGAUCCAAAUCGUCUGAUCCCAGAGAGUUUAGGCCCAACGGAAUACACGUCAAACAAUGCAGAGAAUGGGAAUGAUUACCAAGCUGUGAGCUCUCAGGACUCAGAUGACAACAGGAGCAGAUCAGUGGAUCAGGAACGACUGAGAAUCGGUCAGGAAGGAGUGAGAAUGCGUCAGGGUGAAGGAGAGAGUGCAGCACCACUGUCACUGUCUCAGCUCAUCAUCAGGAGAGGCCUGACCACUCUGGCUGCUGUCCUCAUCUUUGCUGUAGGGACAUCUAUUCAUGUCAUAGUGCCUCUGCCUGAGGUUCCUCAUGCUCUUGGUGCCAAUGCCACUCUACUGUCUAACACUACACUGCACUAUACUACACCUUCUCCUCAGACUAGUUCAUUGAUGUCCAUUUGAAAUCAGCAUUCAGUUCUUUGACCUUUAUAAUCUUUAAUCUGAAAGACUAAAAUAAAGGUUUUAGGCUUGUUUUUGUGAAACUGCUCAUGUUUUACUCUCCUCGCUGUCAUUUGAAACUGAGUUUGUCAUUUCAUUCUGUCGUUAUCUAUCUAUCUAUCUAUCUAUCUAUCUA